GGCGAGAGCGCCGGGAUCCCAACGAGCUUGUGUCAGCAGCUUCCCUGCGGCCAGAGGGGCGUAAGUGAAUGAGAAGGCAGGCGGGGGAGGCCGCUUCGCCGCUGGUUACAAUGGUUACAGCCCUGAAGAGGCAGCGUUAGAGACGCGCGCGCAGGCACACAUCCACGCGCACACGCUCCGGCGGCGGCAGCCUAGGCUGAUGUAGGGAGGAGGAGAAGGGGGGCAAAUAAAGAGCCAGACCCUGCACGGCGCUGACUUUCCCCGCCUGCUCCUCCGGUGGGAAGCCGGGCUGUGCGGGAUCGGCUCCCCUUUCGCAGGCAGAAGAGCGACCAAGCCGGAGACUUUGCGUCUGGAGCGCCGUCCCUCCUCGCCAGACCAACCAGCCUGCAAGCCGCCUGAGGGAGGUGGUGCGAGGGAGACGGGAUGGGGGGCUCGGGGCGUACCAAAUAGCAGCCCCGAGGAGAUGCUGCUGCUCCUGCCGCCGCCCCCCUCCUCCUCCUCCCCCUCCCUGGACUCUUUGGCAGAUUCCACUUAGUCCCGUCGUGGGGGAGGAGGGAAGAGACGCCCCCCACCCGGCCCGUUCCCAGCACUCCAGCACCCAGACUUUGAACUCCCAGCGGCCGAUAACAUGCAUGUAUCACUGGCUGAAGCUCUGGAGGUUCGGGGAGGACCACUGCAUGAGGAAGAAAUAUGGGCUGUAUUGAAUCAAAGCGCCGAAAGCCUUCAGGAGUUGUUCCGGAAAGCUGAUCCUACUGCUCUGGGCUUCAUCAUCUCCCCAUGGUCUCUCCUGCUGCUUCCAUCCGGCAGCGUAUCAUUUACAGAUGAAAAUGUUUCUAACCAAGACCUGCGAGCAUUCACGGCACCAGAAGUUCUCCAAAAUCAGUCGCUAUCAUCUCUUUCCGAUGUUGAAAAGAUUCACAUUUAUUCUCUUGGAAUGACCCUUUAUUGGGGAGCUGACUAUGAUGUUCCACAAAGCCAGCCCAUCAAACUUGGGGAUCAUUUGAACAGCAUACUGCUUGGCAUGUGUGAAGAUGUUGUUUAUGCCCGCGUGUCGGUACGGACGGUUUUGGACACCUGCAGUGCUCACAUCCGGAACAGUAACUGCGCACCUUCCUUCUCAUAUGUGAAACAGUUGGUUAAACUGGUUCUGGGGAGUUUGUCUGGGGUGGAUCAACUUUCCUUCAUUGGGGACAGAAAGCUGCAGACUGACAGGAGCCAGGCCAUCCGGGAGAGGCUGAGAGGGAAAGGACUUCCCACAGGAAGAAGCUUAAUGGCCGAUACUGCAGAUGUUCACCAGGCUCCGUUAUUUCAACAGACCAUGCUUAACAAAAGACUUAGUAAGUCUAUGGGGUUCUUGUCUAUCAGAGGUUUGCAAAGUGAGGAAGUCUUUUGCCAGGGCAUGUCCUCUGAUUACAACUCUGGCCAUGAAGAUGACACCAAUGCUUGUUGCCCUUACCGGUACAGAGUGAGUGACUUGGAAAGGAAAGCAGAGCCUGGCCCCAAACGGAAAGUCUGGGCUUCCUCCUCAGAUUUGCUAUCCACAGCUGACAAAGGGAGUGAGAGAGACCAUGUUGGGGAUUCCUGCAGGCACUAUAACCAUGCAGGGACAAUCCCAGUACGGACUUCAGCAGCUACCAGAAACAAGGAGAGCAGAUACUCUGAUGGGAGCAAAGCCUUCGAUAUUUUUGGCCCUCAAAAACUAGACCAGGUGCGCUAUUUGCCAGAGACAUCGACAUCUACGGCCUUAUCAAGUGCCUUUGACAGGAUCAAAGAGAGGCAGAAGAAGCUGCAGUUGCUGAGGGGAGCCAUGAAUGUUGAAGAGCACGUACAAAGAUAUAAAUCUUACCACAGUGACAUAUACAGCACAGAAAGUGAAAGCCCAUCAUUCAUUUCUUCAGAAGCAGAUUUCAGACAAGGGAGAAGGUUUGAAGCACUGAGAGAUGAUUCCAGUGGUCCUUCUCCAGGAGCAGAUGAUGUUUUUUCAUCAAGUCGAAUUCAUGGGCAACGGUCCAGACAGUAUGAAGCACCACUGGAAGGCAACCUAGUAAGCCAAGAGGUGAUGCUAAAGCGCCAAGAGGAGGAGAUGAUGCAGCUGCAGGCAAAAAUGGCCCUCCGGCAGUCCCGACUAAGCCUCUAUCCCGGAGAUGUAGUGAGGUCGCCAGUGCCAGAUAUGACAAAGGACCCUCUGAGAGAAAUUGCAUUGGAAACAGCCAUGACCCAAAGGAAACUAAGGAAUUUCUUUGGGCCUGAGUUUGUGAAAACAACUAUUGAGCCAUUCACCUCCUUGGACCUGCCAAAGUCAAUUUUGAACAAGAAAGGGAAGAGUGAAGACAAUCGUCGAAAAGUAAACGUCAUGCUUUUAAGUGGACAGAGGCUGGAGCUGACUUGCGAUUCCAAGACUGUAUGCAAAGAUGUGUUUGAUAUGGUAGUGGCCCAUAUCGGUUUAGUGGAGCAUCACUUGUUCGGCUUAGCUACUUUAAAAGAAAAUGAAUUUUUCUUCAUUGAUCCAGAGUUAAAACUAACUAAAGUAGCUCCUGAAGGCUGGAAAGAAGAACCAAAGAAAAAGAGCAAAAACACAAUCAACUUCACCUUGUUCUUUCGCAUUAAGUUCUUUGUGGAUGAUAUUAGCUUGAUACAGCAUACUCUGACAUGCCAUCAGUAUUACCUGCAGUUAAGGAAAGAUCUCCUGGAAGAAAAGAUGCACUGUGAUGACGAGACAGCCUUAUUGCUAGCCUCACUGGCCCUCCAGGCAGAAUAUGGAGAUUACCAGGCUGAAGUGCAUGGCCUCUCCUAUUUCAGAACAGAACACUAUUUGCCAGCUAGAGUGAUGGAAAAUGUGGACUUGUCUAAUGUCAAAGAAGAAUUGCCAAAAUUGCAUAGCACUUACACUGGUGCUUCUGAAAAAGAGGCAGAAUUGGAAUUUCUGAAGAUUUGCCAAAGGUUGACGGAAUAUGGUGUUCAUUUUCAUCGUGUGUUGCCAGAGAAAAAAUCUCAGACUGGAAUUUUGAUGGGAGUUUGCCCCAAAGGAGUUCUCAUUUUUGAGGUUCACAACGGAGCCCGAACACCAGUCCUCCGUUUCCCAUGGAGAGAAACAAAAAAAAUAUCCUUUAGUAAGAGAAAGAUAACUCUGCAGAACACAUCUGAUGGUAUAAAACAUGCAUUCCAAACCGACGCAAGCAAGACCUGCCAAUAUUUGCUGCAGCUCUGCUCUUCACAGCAUAAAUUCCAGCUCCAGAUGAGAGCCAGGCAAAGUAACCAGGAUGCUCAGGAAAUUGAGAGAGCAUCGUUUAGGAGCCUCAACCUCCACACGGACUCUGUCAAAGGGUUCAACAUGGGACGUGCCAUCAGUACUGGCAGCCUGGCCAGCAGCACCUUGAACAGGCUCGCGGUCCGGCCAUUGUCAGUUCAAGCUGAUAUCCUCAAGAAGCUUUCCUACUCUGAAUUGUCUCUCUUCCAGUCUGCCCAGAGCUGCUCCAGAGAUAAAAAUGAGAAGCUGUCAUGGGAGGAAAAACCCAAAAUCAUGAGCAAAUCCUUUCAUGACCUGACCCAGAGCCAGGUGUCUGUCAGCCCACUUCGGAAAAGUGCCAUUGCCCCUGUGGACUCCUCUUCACGAAGAAUGGAGGAACUGAUGGGGAAACUCUUCCAACAAGUGCCAAAAUCUGAUGCUGAGUCAAUGGCCGGAGGAGCAAAGCUAAACAAUUCACACUCCCAUGCAGGUUUAAAUUCCACCCUAGAAAGAAGGAAAAAUGCAUCUGACUCUUCAUCAGCUGAAGAUACUGGCCAGGCUUACGUUGUAGAUGUUCUACAAGCAAACCAGAAUGUAAUAUCAUUGCCGGAAAGGGAGAUUAACUUGGUAAACUUGAAAAAAGAAGAAAAGCAUGGCUUAGGGUUUCAGAUCACUGGUGGGGAGAAGAUGGGAAAACUUGACCUUGGGAUUUUUAUUCAUUCAAUAACUCCUGGAGGACCAGCUGAUUUGCAAGGAUCAUUAAAACCAGGAGACCGCCUGAUAUCAGUGAACAGUGUGAGUUUGGAAGGGGUCAGCCAUCACACAGCACUAGAAAUUAUUGAGAGUGCUCCAGAAGAGGUGACCCUUGUCAUCUCACAGCCUAAAGAAGGGCCUUCCAAAGCAACAUCCAGUCUCCUCAGUGGCACUAAGGGGUAUGUAAAAAGGCCUUCACUGAUACCAGACAAUGUGGUGGAGUCAUCUUCAGAGGAACACAACAGGCUACUCACCCAGCAGAGGAUAACCUCUGGGAGCGUAUCUGGCCUUGGCACAGGAGAACGGGAUGGAAGCCUAAGUUCUCAAGAUUCCAGGACGGAGAGCGCCAGCCUGUCCCAGAGUCAAACGAGUGGCAGUUUUGCCAACCAUAUCAACAACAAAGCCCAGCAGGAAUUUCCGGUUUACAAUGAUUCCCAGCUUGCCCUUUCCAAAUGCAGUGAGAGAACCAGAGCCCCUUCAGAGACGAACCCAGAAAAAGCCAAAAAGCCUGGUGUGGUGGAGACUGUUGAGUAUUCCGACCGAGGGGAUUCUGACAUGGAUGAAGCCACUUACUCCAGCAGCCAGGAGCCAAUAGCAGCAGCCAAAAAGGGGCCUUCCUUCAUGAAUUUGGCCAACUCACUGAAUUCUAAAAAGUUUUCUUCACCGCCUCUUAAACCUGGAGAUAUCUUUGAGGUCCAACUGGCCAAAAAUGAUAACGGCUUGGGAAUAAGUGUCACGGUACUGUUUGACAAGGGUGGUGUGAACACCAAUGUGAGACAUGGAGGCCUGUAUGUAAAGGCUGUUAUUCCCAAGGGAGCAGCUGAAGCGGAUGGUAGGAUUCAAAAAGGCGACCGUGUGCUUUCUGUCAAUGGGGUUACUCUGGAAGGAGCUACCCAUAAACAAGCUGUGGAAAUCCUGAGGAAUACUGGCCAGGAGGUUCACCUGGUGUUAGAAAAGGGCCAGCUUCCAGCAACUAGAGUCCAUGUUCCAGUUACACCACAGUGCACGCCUCCAAACCAGCCUGGUUAUGGUGGAGCCCCGGAGAGAUCUGUGAAGAAAACUACAAAUGCCAGAGACUACAACUUUGUCACUGAUGACAACACAUUUGAAGUGAAGCUAGUAAAAAACAGCUCAGGCCUGGGCUUCAGUUUCUGCCGCGAAGACAGCGUUUCUCCAGAACAGCCGGGUUCCAGCAUAGUCAGGGUUAAAAAACUCUUCCCUGGGCAACCUGCUGCAGAAAGCGGGCAGAUCGAAGUUGGGGACGUUAUCCUGAAAGUGAAUGGGGCUUCUUUAAAAGGACUGUCCCAACAGGAGGUCAUGUCAGCUCUCAGGGGAACAUCCCCCGAAGUCACCCUUCUCCUCUGCAGGCCCCUCCCAGGAAUACUGCCAGAAAUUGAUCCUUCUCUGUUGACCCCUAUCCAUUCCCCGCCACAGAUUUUUCCUGACAUUAGCAAAGGCAAUCCACAGCCAUCUAAUGGAGAGCAGGAUGACAGCUCUGACGAAAAUGAAGCCACAGACAAGAGUGAGAAGCUGAUCAAGUCCCCCUCUCGCAGAGACAGCUACAGCGACAGCAGCGGGAGUGGGGGGGAAGAGCUGGUUGCAAGUGCGGCCCAGACAGCAAGCAGGAGGUGGAGCUCUGCUCUGUAUCAAACCCCAAACAAAUCAGCAGCAUCUCAGCCGCAUAGCCCUUAUGAAACACCCUGCAGCCAAGAGGAAACAAUUCGCACCAUAUAUCAUUCUCCCCAUGAUUCACCACGGAGGGCAGAAACAGGGGACAGUAGCCCUCCGUCUCCUCUCCUGAUGGAUUUGCCACCGAUACCAAGAUUUAGAACCAUCACAUCUGGUUCAACAGACAAGAAAUACAGCUGUUCUGUCUCGGAGUUCACGGCACCACAGGGAGGCUUGGUGUCACUUUUCAACCAGUUUCAAAAACAUGCUGAUGAAUACGAACCAGAAGUGGAGCUCCAUGUUGCCCUAACUAAAUCAGAGAAGGGUAGCCUUGGUUUCACAGUGACCAAAGGCAACGACAACGUUGGCUGUUACAUUCAUGAUGUCAUUCAAGACCCUGCCAAACGUGAUGGGAGGUUACGACCCGGAGAUCGCCUGAUCAAGGUUAAUGACACAGAUGUCACCAACAUGAGCCACACAGAUGCAGUCACUUUCCUUCGAGCUGCUCCAAAGAUGGUUAGGCUGGUGCUUGGACGUGUUUUGGACUUACCCAAGAUACCCAUUUUGCCACAUCUGCUGCCUGACAUUAACUUAAUGUGCCACAAAGAAGAACUGGGCAUCUCCCUUGCAGGUGGCCAUGAUAGCCUUUAUCAGGUGGUAUACAUUAGUGAUAUCACUCCACAAUCUGCAGCAGCCAUGGAGGGAACUCUCCGUACCUUGGAUGUCAUCCAUUACAUUAAUGGGAUCAGCACUCAGGGAAUGACUUUGAAAGAAGCAAAGAGGACACUAGAGAUGUUGCUUCCGACAGUGGUAUUGAAAGGAACAAGAGAUGGCCAUCCAGUGUCUCCAAAGGCUAAAGGCCCAGAUAGCCCAAGUCCAAGGUCAAUCAAGCAUAAUGGCCAUUUUCUCAGAGAAUCCUGUGGCAAACCAGAAAUAGGACCUGAGGCACAUGCACCCAAAGUUAAUGGUGAAAUGAACAACAUCCACCAGCCAAAAGGGCCGGCAAAUGUCCCUGUAUCUAAAGAUGUUAGUAGUCAGGCCUCUGAUUUUUCAAGCUGCAAUAACAACUCAGCAGAGGUACAAGAUGAUGAUUCUUACGAUGAGGAUGAUCACAACGAAGUCAUUCAGUACCUUUUAGAUGUUGUAGAUGAAGAAGCCCAGAACCUGUUAAACCGUAGUAAUGCUGCAUCUGGGAACCAUCUGCCAGAGGCAAAUGGGAAAUUUGUAGAAGAGAAAUCAGAAGACACAGAUUGUGAUGGAUCAUCUUUGCCUGAAGAUUUUCCAGAGCCACCCCAAAUAAAUGGCUGUGAAGAGCAUUAUAAUGACAAAAGGAUUUCUGAAAGAUUAACCCAGCAACCUCUGAUGGGUCAGGAGCAGGAUGAUGAGAUUACAUGGGGAAGUGAUGAGUUGCCAAUUGAAUCAAUAAGCCAUCAGUCUGUUAAAGAUUGCCCUUUAGUCACAAACGAAGAGCUUGCCGCACUUCCAGUCGUCCAGGUACUUCCUUUGGGCAAAUUUAUGGGGUCUAAAUUAAAGUCAACUAUCCGCAUGCUGCAAGGCCUUUUGGAACAAGGAGUGCCUUUGAAGGAGAUCGAGAAUCUUCAAGACUUAAAGCCUUUGGAUCAGUGCUUGGUGGGCCAAACAAAGGAAAACAGGAAGAAGAAUAGAUAUAAGAACAUAUUGCCAUAUGACUCCACAAGGGUCCCUCUGGGGGCCGAAGGUGGCUACAUCAAUGCCAGUUUUAUCCGGAUGCCAGUGGGGAAUAAGGAAUAUGUUUAUAUUGCAUGCCAAGGACCCCUUCCCACCACUGUGGCAGACUUCUGGCAAAUGGCUUGGGAGCAGAACUGCACUCUCAUAGCCAUGAUGACCCAGGAAGUAGAAGGAGAAAAGGUCAAAUGUCAGCGGUACUGGCCUGACGUCCUCGGCAAAACCACAAUGAUCAGUGAUAGACUCCGGCUUGCUCUUGUGAGGCUGCAGCAGCUCAAAGGCUUUGUUAUUAGAGUCAUGGAGCUGGAGGAUAUUCAAACUGGCGAACUCCGGCAUAUUUUCCAUUUAAACUUUACCGCCUGGCCAGAUCAUGACACACCCUCUCAACCAGAUGAUUUGCUCACCUUCAUAUCCUGCAUGAGACACAUCCACAAAUCAGGACCAAUCAUCACUCAUUGCAGCGCUGGCAUUGGGCGAUCAGGGACUCUUAUUUGCUUAGAUGUGGUCUUGGGGCUAAUCAGCCAAGAUCUUGAGUUUGACAUCUCCGACGUGGUUCGCACAAUGCGCUUGCAGAGGCAUGGCAUGGUGCAAACUGAGGACCAGUACAUUUUCUGCUAUCAAGUUAUCCUGUACGUCCUAAAGCGACUCCAAGCAGAGGAACAGCAAAGAAGCAACUAAAAUGUUUAAAAGUCGGAUAUGCGUUUAAGGGGGAAAGAGCAGGAAAGGAGGUUCCUGAAUAACUUGGGCAUAUCUACACUACAGAAUUAAACAGGUUAAGUGUUCGUGCUGCCUCCCUAGGAGGACUAUAGUUCUGCAAUGGAGACUAGAGAUUGAGAUACUCAGGCAAGCACCCUCAUCAAACUACAAUUCCCAGGGGGGAAGCCUUGACCACUGAACUGGUAUGAAACCAACAAGUACAGUAUGUGCAUGUGCAUGUGUAGUGUAGGUGUGCUGCCCUCAGCGUGCUCUGCCAAUAUGAUUCCGGUUCCAGUCUCUACCAAGCAUCAAGUACCACUGUAAUCUCCCCUUUUUAAAUGGGUGGGGGUCUUUGUAUGCCGUUUAUAUUUAAUGAUGCUGCAGGUUUUUUUGCAGCUUUUUCAAACUAUGAUAAGCAAUUGACAUUUUUUUAAAAAAAACUGCUUCCUGGUUUUUAAAAAAAAGUCUUAAUGUCUCCUAAAGGUUUUUCCCUCCCACCUAUUUUAUGGUAUAUUUCUGAAGCUGGGGGUGGGGUGGGUGGGUGGAUGAAUGGAUGGAUGGAAAAUGAAAACUGUAUUUUAUCCUGCUGGACUUUCUUACUGGUAAAUUUUUAUUAGUCUGUUUUUAAAGUUUGUUUAUAGCAGAGCUGUCUUUUUUCCUAGCAUUUUAAUACAGUAGAGCUUUUUAUAGAAAAUACUUGAAAUCAGUAUUUAAGCUUUACAAAACAUCUUAUUAGCAUAAGGAACCAUAGUAAAUGUUUACUGUAUCACACAAUGUUUACUUUAUAUAGAGUUGUGUAUAUAUUUAUAUACUUUUACAAAAAAAGUACAAUUAUCAGGUGUCUAAGCUUAUAAUUGCUGAGAU